AUGACGUUGAGGGGAAUGAAGCCCGGAAAAAGCCCAGUUCGCCUAUGGGAUUUUUUUUUUUCUUUUUUCUUUUUUUCUUUUGGCGGUUUGGAACAUCGCCCACACUUUCUCUCUUGUUCUCUCAACCUCCAUUUCGCCGACGUCGGAACCGGUUCCGAUGUGGUCGUGUUCCUGCACACAUUCCCAGAACUCGUGGCGCCACCAGAUCAUCGCCGUAGCCAACGACGGGUUCCGGGCGGCCAUUGCUCCCGAUUACCGCGGAAAGCAUUAAAGACUUGGAUCAAAUCUGAAACGCCUGUCAAGAUCGAAGACUUUAUAUGGCAAGACUUUCAAUAUUUUCCAAGUACUUUGAAAUCAUGUAUCGAGGAAGAGAGACAGACACUUCUCACCUUCAAACAUGAUGUUGUUGAUCCCCCUGGUAGGCUUUCUUCUUGGGUCGGUCAUGAUUGCUGUCAGUGGAAAGGAAUUUCAUGCAACAACCUUACUGGUCACGUUGUAAGGGUGGACCUCCAGAAUGAGUAUCCAUAUGUUGCAAAGACAAAGAGCCAUAUUCCCAACAUCUAGCUUAUAAUCGGUCUUACUUGAGAGGUAAGAUAAAUCCUUCUUUACUUAGCUUGAAGAAUUUACAUUACCUAGACCUUAGCCGGAAUGAUUUUGAAGGGAUUCAAAUUCCAGAGUUCUUUGGGCAGCUUAGAAGUUUGAGGUAUCUCGAUGUCUCUUAUGCACUAGGAUUGAACUCUUGUAAAAUAUGAUCCUUGGAGCCACACACAUGACGCACCAAUGUAUGGUCUUCAUCAUGUUCGUCAUAAAUUGGCUCCAUAUCAAGAUCACAUGCAGAAUCAACAAAGGUCGGUAGCUCGACCUUCUUUGCAACUAUAGGCAUGCUAGGUGUUGUCUCUUUAUCAAGACAAAGGUGUUCGACAAGUUGGUUUGCCUCUAGACCUCUUCUGGGAGUCAGAGUGAGA